CAAUUUUUUUUUUACUUUAUCAAAUGUGCGGGAUGAAAUUUUAAAGUUGAUAUACAUAAAAUUGUUGAUAAAACAAGUGAAAACAUUAGAAAAAUAUUAAAAUAUUAAAAUAUUUUAAAAAAAGACAUAAUAAUUUCAGGAGAUCACGAAGAAGAAAGAAGAUUUAGGAAAAACAUUUAUGUUUAUUUAACAUAAGGUUAUGUAUUUCCGAAAAACUGAUCGAAUAUUAUGGAAAAGACGCGGGAAUAUAGUAAUUUUUCAUCAGACAUAUUUAUGAAACAAGAUAUCACAGUAUUAGAUCUGCAUAAGCAAAAUAAUAAUAAUGGCAUAAUAAAUAAUGAAAUGGAACAAAGUACUCAGAAAACUUUUUCCAAAAGAAAAAAAAAGAGAAGACAGCAAAAGAAAAAAUUUAUUUCUUUACAAAUGAAUAAUACAGGAACUGUUAUAGAAGCGAAUGAUUCAAAUAAAUUUGCAUCAUGCAAUUUGCACCUCGCUAAUAAAGAAGAUGUUAAUAAUACUUCCAUUUUGCCUGACACAAGAGAUUUAUCAAAUACUAAAACUGAAAAGGAUAAGAGGACAGGCAGUAUGAUCGACAAAAAUACUUGUAUCUCAGAAAAUUUAUCAAAAAAAGAUACUAAAAUAAUUUCUAGCAUGAAUAAGAAGGAAGGUAAAGAGACAUUCAAUUCUUUGCAACAGGAUGACAAGCAAACUGGAAUAAAUAAUUUAAUUGAUAAAGUUCACAAUUUACAACUUGAUAGUAAGAAAAACAAUGAGAAUGCUUCAUUAAAUACAGCUGAUUUACCAAAUACCGCAAAACACAAUGAGGAAGACACAAAUGACAAAAGUACAUCUAUACUAAAAAACUCAUCAAUAGAAAACAUUCGAGAAACUUCUCGUGUGAGAAAGAAAAGAAAUACAAAAGUAAACAAUUUUCUACAAAAGAAUGGCAAGCAAACUGAUCUAAAAUCAGACAUUUUAAAGGAUGAAGCUCAUUCUUUGCAACUUAAUAAUAGCAACAAUAUUUUGCCAAAUACUACUGAUAUACCAAGCAAUGCUGUGAAUCAUAAAAACAUGGAGAACAUGCAUAACCAAAAUAUUUCUACUUUGCAAAGUCCAGAAUUUACUUUUUUUGAAAUCGAUUAUGAAUUCCACGAAGCAAAUCACGCGAUAAUUGAGACAUUUGCUCUCAAUAUAUAUUUUUCUUUAUUCAAUGAUGACAGAAAAACUUAUUGCUUGGUGUGUGAUAAUACUUUUCAAAUUCAAAACAAUUCCAACUUAUGGAAAAAUCUUUGUAAACAUAUACAAUCAGACAAUCACAUUAGACUAUUGACCCAAAUGAUAGAGGAUGAUAAGAAAUUUUUGAAGGCCGGAAAACUUUUUAGUAAGCUAGGAUUGGCACGAGAAUACAUGAGAAACAAAGAUGAUAUUGUUGAAUGUUUGUUAUGCGAUAGUCAGAAUUUUGUUAGCAAGGUGGCGUAUAAUGAUGCAUCGUUACAUGAGCACAUAUUAAGUAGUAAGCAUCAGAAUUUUAAAGGAUCUUGGACAUCGUCGGUAAAAGAUGUACUGCGAGACGUUCAUUAUCAUUUUCGUAGCAUGUACAAUGUCAAGAAGUAUUGUUGCGAACUUUGCAAUUACGAAAGCACAUCAGAAAUCUGUUUCGCAAAACAUUUACGUGUACCUUAUCACACAUCACGAUUAUUACAAUUUUCCAAUCAUAUAGAAAGAUUUAAGUUUCAUUAUUGCACUCCAUGCCUUUUCCUAUGGUUUGGAAGUUCUGAUAUGUACAAUCGACAUUGUGAACAGUUCGAGCACAAGCACAGAAUAAUAUAUGGUUCUGAUCUUGAUCACUUAUCAGAAGAAAUAAUUCAACUCUUAAUUAUGUGCAAUCAGAAUGCUGAAGCUUUUCUUAUGCUAUCCAAUAGUGUAUAUUACAAUAAAAUAAUUGAUUACAUAUUGUGUGACUUGAUAACUGACAUGCACAGAUAUAUUUCAAAUAUAAAGGCUUAUCCUUUUGGAUCAAGGAUUUCAGACUUAGGUUUCCCUGAUAGUGACGUUGAUAUCUUUCUGGAUUGUGAUAAUAUGUACGAAGGAAGAAAAUCAUCACAUCAUCAUUGUGAGGUUCUUAUUACAUCAAUUGUACAUUAUCUGUCUCUUAAUAAACAAAUGUGGAAAGUACAGGAAAUGAUAUUGCAUAGUAGAACGCCAAUUAUAAAAGUGCAACAUAUUCCCUCAGGAUUAAUCUGUGACAUUUCAGUUACAAAUGGCUUAGCAGUGGAAAACACAAAAAUAAUUAAGUGUUUUAAUCAUGCUUUUCCACUAUGUCGAAAAAUGAUUUUAUUUCUUAAACAAUGGUUGAACAAGUGUGGUUUAUUAGGAUCUCGUCUUAUAACAAGCUAUGCUCUCACAUGGUGCGUUAUUUUUUAUCUGCAAACUCUAUUAGUAUUUCCCAGUAUCUCACAACUAAUAAAAUUGAAAAAUAGCUCAUGGCGAAUCAGUGGUUGGGAAGUUGGUGUAAGCUACAAUUUUCUCAUUAGAAGGAUAAAUCACACUUUUGAAGAGCUUUUAUUAGGAUAUUUUAUGUUUUAUGCGAAUUUUAACUACAAAAGUUAUGUGAUCUGUCCAUUAUUGGGUCAGCCGAUAGAAAAAAAUGCAUUUAACAAACUGUCGAAUUUGCCACAAGAUAUGGCACCAUAUAUUAUUUAUAUGCGUGACGCUUGUACACAAGAGAAGCCUCAAGGUUUUUCUGUUUCGUCAUUAUGUGUGCAAGAUCCAUUUGAUUUAUCGCAUAAUCUUACGAAGGCGGUGCAUAGUCGGAAGUUGAACAAGUUUCAGAACUAUUGCAAUUAUAGCUCAAAAAUCCUGAAGAAGACUUUUCCGUACCUGAAGCCACCAUUAAAUACGCGCAGCGUGGAAUUUGUCGAAAUGUACCAACAUUUUUUAGCGCGACAUAUAACGCGUUACAAUGGACAAUGGUACUGUUAUUUAUGCAAGUUGAAAAAUUUAACAGACGUUGAACGUCAUUUGCAAGAAGUUCAUUCAGAUAUCAACUUUCAAAUCUCAGAUUUUACAGAUAAUUUCAGCAAAUUGUCAAAUACAAAAUGCAAAAAAUUAUUAUAUCAUGGAAUAGUUAUGAAAGAUAUGUUACAAAACUCUAACUCUGAAAACACAAGGUAUUUUUGUGUACUGUGCAACUGUUCGAUACCUACUUUAGAUCAUAUUAAUCAACAUAUGACAGGUAAACAACACCAAAAAUAUAUAAGCAGUAUUAAACUAGAAGAUUUACCAAAUGAGCAACAAAAUUCAAAUAUAAAUGACAAUGUUUUUAAAAUAAAAGCUCAAACAGAACUUAUAAGUAACUCAAAAUUUUUUGCAAGAAUAUAUCCAGUUUGUAAAAAUAAAUUGGCAAAAAAUAACUCGACAAAUAACUCUGAGAUAGAAGAGCAAGAGGAAAGUAUAGUUUCCUCUGAAUCUGACAAGAAGAAUCGUAAUAGCAAUAAUGUUUUGCAAGUUGAAAGAUGUGCAAAUAUGAGUUUUUGUAUUUUGUGUGAUAGAUUUGACCAUAAAAAUAGUAUAAAAAAACAUAUACAAGAAAAGCAACAUAAAUCUGCAUUGAAAAUCUUGAAAAAAAAUCGAGAAGUGAUAUGCAUCAUAAACUUUAAAAAAGAUAGAAAGACUAUUAAACCAUUGCAGUUGAACAGUAGAAAAUUAAAUGGAACUAUGUGGCCAGAAUACACAAAUACUAUGUCAAGAUAUACUUGUGAUCAAUGUAAUAUAAUGAUAAAAGAAAAUGACAUAAUAAAUCAUGAAGUAACAAUACAUAAAGAAAGCAUGACGUUUUCUAUAAAAGAUAUGAAUGAUUUGACUUUAUCUGUAGAUGGAAAAAAUAUUAAAAUUAAUAUUUCCAGUUAUUACCCAAUGUUUAAAUGCUCAUUUUGCAAUGAGAUAAUACAUGGCAUAUCAAUGUUAGAAAAUCAUUUUUCUAAAUGUCAACAUAAAGAAAAUAUUAAAUUAUUAAUUAAAACUAAAAGACAAGAAUAUAAUCACUCUAAAAAUGUAGAAAGUUUUUUUGAACUUCUCGAAUUUUUAAAUUUAAUUUCUUUUAAAAAUAAUGGUGACAUCGUACAAAUCAUGGAGCAACCUGUGAUGUAUAUUAAAAACCAUCGCGCAUCUAUUAAGAAAAAUUCAGAUGACUUAAUUGAGAAUAAAUUCACUUACAUUUGCAUUGCCUGCAAACUUAAAUUCUAUACAAUCAAAGAUGUAUUUGAUCAUUUAAGUACAAGGGACAAACAUUUGAAACACUUUCAAAAUAUUUUGCUCACCUAUAAUUAUAUACAUAACAUAUGUAUUGCAACAAAAGAACUUGGUACAAAUAAAAUGCAAGCAGAACAGUAUAUUAAUAAUAAUAGCGACUUAAUAACUAAAAUAAGUAGUACUGGUAGUAAAAAUAAAACGCAAGCAGACUCUCUAGUUUGUACUGAGGAAAUAUCGAUCGAUACAUUGGAAGAACAAAAUAUUAAUAAAAUGCAAGCAGAACAAUAUAUUAAUAAUAAUAGCAACUUAAUAACUAAAAUAAAUACUGGUAGCAAAAAUGAUAUAUCUCAAAGUGAAGAGAGCAAUUCUGGCUUAUUUAUGCCUCGUCACAUGUCUUUAGAAAUAGAGAAAUUAAUUAGCAAUAGACCAGCAGAAAGAAUUAUGUAUAAGUUUUUACAAACUACAAAAAAAAAUCUUUUGGAUCGUUAUAAUAGAAUGUAUUAUAAAAAAUUUUUAGAUUUUGAGGAAAUUAUGUUUGCUUACAAUCAGAACAAACUGAAUGAGAUUAAAUUAAGUUUACAAUUGUAUGUUCGUGUAAAAUGUGGAAAUAUGUAUUGUCUUGCAUGUAAUGUUACACAUUCAUAUAAUAUACAUACAUUGUAUGAACAUAUUCGUUGUGAACAACAUAUUAUGCAACUUACGCAACUGCAUCAGAGCAAUAAAGAGCAGAGAUUAAGACUACUGAAAGAAUUAAUCAAGGUAGAGGAUAUGAGAUGUUACGCUUGUGAUAAAAAUGAAAAGUGGAUGCAUCGUGAUGAACCCUCGAUCAUAGAACAUAUGUAUUAUCCUAUACAUAAGAAAAAUCGUGGAAAAUCACUCAAGGAAGUUGAAAAUGUAUUACAAGAAUUCAAUACUUUAUGGUACAAUAUCCAAUACUUUGCUUGUGUCCAAUGUAAUAUAAGAUUUAAAAUAAAAAUAGAAUUUAUGGAACAUCUUGACAAAAAACAUAAGAUGCUUCUGAAUACAAAAGAUAAUUCAAAAUUUGAUUUCUGCUUAACAUGUGCCACUUUGUGGUAUAAAGAUCAAGAUUCAAUUUAUCGACAACAUUGUCGAAAACGGACGCAUCAAUAUUUAGUGAAAAGUAAUGACUUUGCAGUUACAUUGCUGCCACAAUCUUUGCAACAAUUAUUAAAAAAUAUCAAUGAAAAUGUUAUUAAUCUAUUUAAAUUAUCGAAUGAUGCAUUAUAUGAUUCAACUAUGAAAGAAACUAUACUCAUGAAGGAUUUAAAGGAUAUUUUCAAAUCUCAAGAGUUUCAUGUAGAAGAAGUAUGCAUGUUUGGUUCAAGAGUUACUGGUUUAGCAUUGCCCAACAGCGAUAUCGACAUAUAUCUUAAAUUCAGUGAUGAAUGUACUAAGGCUGAAUUAAUUAAAAACAGAAGUAAACAAAUUCAGAAUUGUUUGUAUACUGACAAUGAGAAUUGGGAAAUAGAAUUAACUUUGGACAACAGCAGGACACCCAUAAUAAAAGUGAAACAUAGACGAACAGGAUUACAGUGCGAUAUCUCAUUUACAAAUGGUCUUUCAGUCGAAAAUUCUAAACUUAUUAAAUCUUUCAACACAGCAUAUCCGCCUUGUCGAAAAUUAAUAUUGUUUCUGAAAAAAUGGAUCUUGUUGGGCAAUUUGACUGGUUCUAACGGAAUAACAAACUAUGCUCUCACUUGGCUAGUCAUCUUUUAUUUACAAGUCGAAUAUAAAAUACCAAGUGUUGCUGCUUUAAUUAAAAGCCAUAAUCAUUCGAAAAUUGUAUCUGGCUGGGAAACUGGAGUCGGUAAUAAUGUUCCUAUCGACGUACCUGAAUUAUCGAUACAUGAAUUAUUAUUAGGAUUUUUUGAGUAUUACGGACGCUUCGAUUACAUGCAUAAUGUUGUAUGUCCAUUGUUAGGCGUUAUAUAUCAUAAGGAAUUCUUUACAGAAGUAUCAUUGACUUUAUCGGAUGACCUUAACAUGGCACUUUACAUUGCGCAAUUGCGAAGUGCAAAACCGGAAUAUUUUCGUAUUGAUUCACCUAUGUGUGUGCAAGAUCCAUUCGAUCUUUCACACAAUUUAACAAAGGCUGUGCCAAUUUUAACGCUUAGACGCUUUAAACAAUAUUGUAACGAAAGUGCAUUGAUGUUACGUAAUCAUUGCAUAAAUUCGUCGAGAAAAAGUUAAUAUUUAAUUAUAUAGAAUCAUCUUUUUUAAUCAUUGAUUAAUCAUGAUAAAGAUCAAUGUAUUUUUAUGACUCAACUAUAGAUUAAUGAUCUAAUACUGCAAAUGUUUCUCAAAAAACGAUAAAACUAAUUUCCUAAUCAUACAUAUAUUUUUAUUAUAUUUCUUGAAAUAUGAUUGUGAUAAAGUAUUAUAUAGUAUUAUAUAUAGUACUAUACAAUAUUAUAUAUUACAAUACCAACUCUUGCAGUUUUGUUCAUAUUUUUAAAAGAUCACGAAUAUAAUUGUAUGAAUAACGUUUUUUUUUUAUUAAAAAAUAUUUUAGUGAUUAAUUUAUAUUUUUAAGAUAAACAUGACGAAUUGUGAACAGCUCUCAUAUGAAUAACAUAAAUUGUGUUAUAUUCCAUUGAUUAUUUAUGUACUUUAUACAUAUAUUUGGUUAGAUAUCUUAAUUUUAUGUUUGAUUUUUAUGCAUUUGGUUAGAUAUCUUAAUUUUAUGUUUAAUUUUCUUAUUUUCAAUGCAUAUUUAUGUGUAAUUAUUACCUGAUUAUUAUCUCUUGUAUUUAAUAUACAUUUACUAGAAUUUUUAUUGUUAUUGCAGGAUGAUAUCUAAGAAAACUUUCAGUGAUAUUUCAAAAUUGUCGCUUUAUAUUUUAAUGAAAAUGUAAAGUAAUAAUAUGAUAUGAUUUUUGUAAUGCGAUUUUAUUUUAUAUAUUUUGAUAAUUAUAUGAUCAUAAACAAUGAAAGUUGUUACGACAAAACUUUUAUCAAUUUGUAAUCAUUGAAAGCAAUGCGGUUCUUAGAGUGCAUUUUGUGAUAAUGUUUCAGGAAACAUUUCUUAUUGAAAUAUUAUAUAUCUUUAUACUGUAUUUUUUUAUAUAAAAAGAAUUUAUAUAAA